AAAAUGUGAGUGCAUUUGCCCCAACAAUGAAAUUUUUCUCUCCACUACUAAGCAUUGAUUACCACUUUUGCUUGUGCUUCCUCACCUUACUCUGCCCUCAUAUUUAAACCCCAUCUCUCUCUCUCUCUCUCUUUGCGUAUUCUUUUACUUUCCCUUUCCAGUUAACAGUCCACAGUCCAUACACACCCUCCAUUUCUAACUUUUGCCCCUCAAAAUUUCUCAUUCUUUUUUCUGUAUGUAAUUAAUCGUGACAAGGAGGUUAUAUCAGCAUCCCCUUAUUCGUAACUGCACGGUGACUAAAGCGAUUAGUCACGGAGUAGGCACCAAAACGUCAUUGUAGCGGCCAAAGGUUACGAAAACAAAAAGAGCAAUGAUGGGGCAUUCAUGUACCAAUCGUACGCUGGUUUUGUUCAAAUUCCUGCAUGGGUUCAUUCUUUUAUGCAUGAGCACAUGCCUCGAAUCUGCAGCACUUCGCAACCUUACUCUGCUUGAAAAUGAAUCUGAUCGCUUGGCUCUGCUAGACUUCAAGAAAAGAAUAACCACAGAUCCUUUUGAUGUCAUGAGCUCGUGGAAUCAUUCCAUCCAUUUCUGCAAUUGGGUUGGAGUUUCAUGCCACCGUUCCACCAAAAGAGUCUUGAUGUUGAACCUGCAAUCAAAAAAGUUGGUAGGCUCCAUUUCACCUUCAGUUGGAAAUCUUACUUAUCUCACUGGAAUCAAUUUGAGAUACAACAACUUUCAUGGGGAAAUUCCUCCAGAAAUGGGUCGUCUACAAAGCCUACAAUAUCUCAACCUCUCUCAUAAUUCCUUUGGUGGGAAAAUUCCAACUAAUUUGUCGCAAUGCAUACAACUAAAAUUCCUUAAUUUGGAAAUCAAUCAUAUUAAGGGGUCAAUUCCGAACCAACUCAGUUCAUUGUUGAAUUUAGAAGAUAUAUGGCUGUAUGAUAACAAUCUCACUGGAUCCAUCCCACCUUGGAUAGGAAACUUUUCUUCUUUGAGGACUCUGGAUCUUGUGAGAAACAAUUUGCAAGGAAGCAUACCAAAUGAGCUUGGGCAUAUAACAGGCUUGGUUCAAUUCUCAAUUGGGGAGAAUAAUUUGUCUGGUAUAGUCCCUUCUUCAAUAUAUAAUAUUUCCUCCAUACAAAUGUUCAAUGUCGUUAUCAACCACUUACAUGGAGAGCUACCACCAAAUCUCGGCACUAUGCUUCCUAAUCUCAUACAGCUUCACUUUAGUGGGAACAAAAUAAGAGGAAAUAUUCCUAUAUCAUUGUCAAAUGCUUCUAGACUUCAGAGUCUUGGGCUUGCUGAAAAUGGCUUCUCUGGGACAGUCCCUAGUGAAAGUCUAGGAAGCUUGCGAAGCUUAGUUUCGCUAAACUUUGAAAGCAAUCAACUGGGAAAGAGAAAAGUUGGUGACUUGAAUUUUCUCAAUUUCUUGGCUAAUUGCACUAGUUUGGUGUUUUUGGGUCUUCGCGAUAAUCAUUUUGGAGGAGAGAUCCCAAGAUCCAUAGCCAACCUUUCGACCCAACUAAAAGUUCUUACUCUUGGGGCCAAUGUGAUACAUGGAAGCCUCCCUAACGGCAUUGGAAAUCUUCUAAAUUUGACCGUUCUAGCAAUAGAAGGUAACCAUUUGGGUGGUAAUGUCCCGCCUGAAAUUGGGAAGCUAGAGAAGUUAGAGCAGUUGUAUAUGGAUGGUAACGAAUUUUCUGGGUCAAUCCCGUCCUCACUUGGUAACAUGACGUUAUUGUUAAACCUCUACAUGGAGGUCAACAGGUUUGAUGGCAGUAUACCUCCAAGUCUUGGAAACUACCAAAACUUAUUAGAUCUUAAACUUUCAAGUAACAACCUUACGGGCACCAUACCUAAAACGCUUAUGGAGCUUUCAACCCUUUCAAUUUCUUUAGACCUGUCUGACAAUUAUUUGACUGGUCUACUGCCCUUUGAGGUGGGUGAUUUAGUGCAUCUCACGGAGCUAAAUCUCUUAAGAAACAAUUUAUCAGGUGAAAUCCCAAGCACCCUCGGCAGUUGUGCUAGUUUGGAGCGCUUGUAUUUGCAAGGUAAUAAGUUUGAAGGAAUAAUUCCUCAAUCUCUUCAAUUUUUAAAAGGCUUGGAAGAACUUGAUAUUUCAAGCAACAACUUAUCUGGUCAGAUUCCUGAAUUCAUAGGCAAGCUUGGUGCUCUCAAGUAUCUCAAUCUUUCGUACAAUGAUUUUGAGGGCGAGUUGCCUAAAGAAGGGAUUUUUGCAAAUAUUAGUGGUGUCUCUAUUCUUGGAAAUCAUAGGCUCUGUGGUGGCAUCCCACAAUUACAUCUACCACCAUGCCCCUCAAAAAAACACCAUUCAUCUCGAGGACUACAUUCCCCAAAAGUUGUCAUCCCUAUAGCUUGUGUAUUUGCAAUCAUAAUUGCUCUAUCAUGCUCCUUUGGUGCUUGUUCAAUACUGAAAAAGUCAAGAGAUAAGUUUGCAACUUCACGUUCUUAUAAGGAUUGGAAAUCAGGUGUCUCCUACUCACAACUCAUUGAAUCAACUAAUGGGUUCUCUGUGGAUAAUCUGAUUGGUUUGGGAAGUUUUGGUUCUGUUUAUAAAGGGAUAAUUCCUAGUGAUGGAACGGUAGUUGCUAUUAAGGUAUUAAACCUUCAACAACAAGGAGCUUCCAAGAGUUUUAUAGAUGAAUGCAAAACUUUAAGGAAUACAAGGCACCGUAAUCUUCUCAAGAUCAUAACUACAUGCUCGAGCAUUGAUAAUCAAGGUAAAGACUUCAAAAGUCUAGUUUUCGAGUUCAUGGCAAAUGGAAGUCUUGACUCAAUGUUGUAUCCAAGGGAAGAGGAGCAAACUCUAAGCAAGAGAUUGAGUUUUAUGCAAAGAUUGAACAUUGCCAUUGAUGUUGCUUCUGCUUUAGAUUAUCUCCACCACCAUUGUGAAACGGCCAUUGUUCAUUGUGAUCUAAAGCCGAGCAACGUGCUUCUUGAUGAAGAUAUAGUAGCCCAUGUUGGGGAUUUUGGUUUAGCAAGGUUCCUCUUUGAAACAUCAAAUGGUCCCUCAUUCAGUCAAACAAUGUCAUCUCAGUUAAAGGGUUCUAUAGGCUACAUUCCUCCAGAGUAUGGUACAGGAGGCCAAGUUUCUAUACUUGGAGAUGUUUACAGCUAUGGGAUACUAUUGCUGGAAAUGUUCACAAAAAGACCUACUGAUGACAUGUUCAAAGGUGGUUUAAGCAUUUACCAAUUUGUAGCCAUGGCUUUGCCUGACCAUGUCAUGGACAUAGUUGACCAUUCAAUUAUCCUCGACCUCGAAGCAGACUGUGAUGUCAACGAUGACAUAGAGCGAGAACAAACUCCAUCGAGACGUAACAAUCGUGGCCCGGUGAAAGCAAAGAAAUUAAAGGAAUGCUUGGUUUUAGUGAUGCAAAUAGGACUCUCUUGCUGUGCCAUGUCACCAAGGGAACGGAUGCUGAUGGACGCAGUUGUCAGAAAAAUGAGUGGAAUUAGGGACUCGUACCUCAAAGUUUAAGAAGACUUAUGAAGGACAAAGCAUGCUACUCAACGGAGAAAGGACAUGAUGACUCAUCAAUAAUAUUUUCCACUCUCUACUCACCAAAAUUUUCUUUCUGCUUUUGCUUUCUUUCUCAUGCUAUCGCUUUGUAUUUUGUCUCGUUUAUGUUUGUGGUGUGUUUUACUUAUAUGACUUGAAACUUUUGAAUUUUAAUUUGUGCGGUGCUUUUUAGAAUUUUAAUGAUUAGCGGUUUUUGUUGGAUUUUUUUUUCUAGUGUAUUCUUUGUUGAAUGGCUAACUCUGCAAAAAGUAGUUACAAACUGCUAGCAGCUUUGAUAGAAUUUGCAAAUGGUGUUAGGAAUGUGAGAGAGAUGGUAGAUAGUAAUAACAUUGCUACUUACAUUUUUCUUUAAUCUCGGAAUUUGUUGUUCUCGGUGCUCUAAAAAUGUUAUUUUGCCGUAUUCAUAAGUGAAAACAUAAAAAAGAUGUUCACUUGUAAAAGGGGAAAGCAGAAAGUUGCAUGAUGGUGAGAGCUUAACAUUAAGGUUUUGUGCAAAGGGUUUGGAGUGAAAGGAACAUUCAAGAUAGGAGCAUUUUUCUGUUGUGGUUG